AUGCGUUUUUUACUCUUUUUCGGGCUGACCGCUGCGCUCGAGGAAGAUCAAGAGCGAGACAGAGAAUGCCUGGACGAUCUCAGUGCUCUGUAUUUUUACGAAGAAUACCACUGUGGCUACUAUAAGAGAAUAGAGACAUGCGAAGACCAGAACCUGGCAAUGGCCAUCGCAAUGGAAUGUGACGAGAAUCUUAUUUUUGGACUUUCGAGAUUCGGCGUUUCGGUUUUUUUCACGACGCUUUCGAUUUUUACAAUUUUGUCAAUUCACUGGAAAUUUGAGCCGCCAAUUCAAAACAAGUUCUACAAAGCCGCCAGAAUCAUCUCCAUCGUUUUUCUCAUCAUCAACAUCAUCUGCGCUUUCGUGGCCAUGCGAAAAACUCCAAUUCACGAGCGAUGGGCUUCUGGAGUCGCCUCCGUUGUUUUUAACGCCUUGAAUAUCCUUCCUGUCGGAGUGAUGUAUUACAUCCGCGCUUCUGGAAAUAUUUAA